UACCUCGAUCGCCCUUUCUAUCGGUACGUACGUAACCAGCAAGCGUACCGCUGGUCGAGAUCGAGGCGCGGCAAGCGAAAUUGGUGGAGUGCGCACCCAUGAUCUCGGUGAUUAGUUUCGGGGGAUAGAUACCAGGAUCCGUAGUUAUCGUUAAAUAUGGAUGAACUAUUACUGCUACUGAGUGUCAUUCUUUUACUACUAUUUGACGGACUUUUAGCAGUUGAGCAAGCAACCGAGGGAUCGGUAAGACUCACAGGUGGAUCUUCUAACGCUGAGGGGAAGGUCCAAAUCUACCACGAUGGCAAAUGGGGCAUCGUGUACUCUUACCACUGGGACUUGUCCGAUGGUGCAGUGGUUUGCAGGCAGUUGGGCUUCCUUGGUGUAUACAGGGUGUCUGAUGGCUCCACAGUUGGAGUGGGAAAUUGGACGAUUUGGUUGAGUGACGUAGGAUGCUUGGGCACAGAGCAGACACUUGCUAAUUGUUCGCAUGAUCCUUGGGGAUCUCGUGGCGUGGUCUCAUGGGACGGAGAUGCUGGAGUGCAAUGCAUGGUCACAAAUGAUACAAUCGAGGGAUCUAUACGACUUGCUGAUGGCUUUUCCGCCAACGAAGGUCGAGUAGAAAUCUACAACUAUGGUGAAUGGGGAACGGUAUGCGACGAUAACUGGGAUGUGCCUGAUGCUGCUGUGGUCUGCCGCCAGCUAGGUUUCCCGGGAGUGGAGUUGGCUUUUACUAAUUCACUGUUUGGAGGAGGAACAGGAAGAAUCUGGAUGAAGGAUGUGCGAUGCAGUGGCACAGAGCAGAUGCUAUCCGGGUGUGCCCAUGCUGGCUGGGAUUAUGGUAACAUCUGUCGUCAUACAGAGGAUGCGGGAGUGAGAUGCCUUGUUGAUGCCGAACCGGCUGAGGGGGCCUUGCGUUUGAUCAAUGGUAAUCACUCUAGCCAAGGACGCUUGGAGGUGUACCACAGUGCUGACUGGGGCUCCGUGUGUGACAACAAAUGGGGACUAGCAGAGACCAAGGUGGCAUGCAGGCAGCUGGGAUUCAAAGGGGCGGACACUUUCACUACGGGAGCUGCAUUCGGGAAAGGGAGUGGCCAAGUCUGGCUGGAUGCGGUAGCAUGCAAAGGCAACGAGAAGCGCCUGGAUGAAUGCUUCCACAGUGGCUGGGCUUCAACAGAAUGCACCCAUGAGAUGGACAUAGGUGUGACAUGCUCACAAACAGAAGAUGGAGAUUCGCGCUUAGUGGACGGAAGCAGUGAUGCCCAUGGGCGAGUGGAAGUGUAUUACCAGGGUAUCUGGGGCACAGUGUGUAAGAACGGAUGGAAUAAGGACGCAGCGGACGUGGUGUGUAUGGGAUCAGGGUACGACGAGGCCAGCAAGACCAGUGUCAACGACGUUCCCGUGGGCACCGGGAUGAUCCUACUAGAGGGUUUGGACUGUAUCGGAUGGGAACGAUCACUGAGAUCCUGCGACUCUAAAGGAUGGGGGGUGCAUAAUUGCACCCACAAGGAUGACAUCGCCAUCAAAUGCAGAAACAAAAGCUUUCUGUCAUGGCUGCAGAUAACUGGCAUUGUUCUUGGCUGCGUAACAGUUCUCCUUGCCAUAUGUAAAUGCUGUUUUUCAUGUAUGGACAAGGGGUGUGCCAAUGACACUCCCGUUGCGGAAACAACACAAGAUGUAGAAGAACCUGCUGGUGAACCACUAAAUCCAGAUCCCAAUGGAGCGGAGGAGAAACCGCCACCAGCCUACGAUGAUGUUGGACAUUUUCCCAAACCGCAAGCGCAAGGAGAUACAUCUGUAUGAGGAGACUGCAUGGACAACAGCGGAGACAAUUUUGGAGUUCAUUUUGGAUGCAGUGUUAACUGGAACUUAAUUGCGAAGGGAUUUCUAUCGAGCAUUUCAUUUGAAGUUGAUGAUUCUUCCUCAGGAGAGUUGUCCACCCUCUUCCAUGAUCCUUGCAUGCAAAAUGGUUUUAGACUACCUAAGAGAUGCUAGUCUGGCCUAUGCACUUUUGCAUGGCCAUACUAGUUGUGAUGUAAAUUGAGUUGAAAGAAUUUUGAAUGAAUUAAAUUCAGAAUUCUUUUUUAAAGACAUCAAAGAAGAAGAGAUUUAUAAAGUGCCUCUUCUGAGGAUCUUGCCCAGUAGCCUACACAGGAGAGACUAGACUGAGAAACUGGACUAACAGAAGUUCAUCGAGUUACAAACAAUAGAAAAAAUAGAGACAACAAAUAAACAAUAAAUAAUCAGUCAUGAGGGCUGAACAAAAUCAGGCAAUAGUCUGGGAUAGUAGCAGGGUAGCAAUGCAUCUGUUUUAAGAGCCAUUCACAGGGGCCUUGCCUUUGAUGAAUAUUGACCACUUCGAUGAAGGACGUUUAGAGAUGUCCCACAAUGCUGACUGAGUUUCCUUGUUGCCGGUGUACUUGCCAAUUGAACCCUGAAUUAAAAUGUAUUCCGAUGGUGAGGUUUAGUUCAAACCUUGGUUAAGUGUGGUAAUAACUCUCUCAAAAGUCUCUCAAAAGUCUCAUGCCCAGAGUUGUCUGGUUUAACUUUCAUUCAAGUCUUGCCUUAUGCAGCACAGCGAUAGUGAUCGAGAUUUACAGCGAAGCAAAUGUCUAGAUGAUCUUUGCACCUCGCCUGCAAAUGUAGAGUGUACUAACUCUUACACUUAAUCCAGGGUUAAAAGUUCAGAGCUUUUAACCUUGUCCAUAAUCAUUUAUUUCUUUUCUUCUCACACAUACAUUUAUGUUUAGGUAUUAUAAAAUGUUAGAUGUAAAUGGAUCCAGUAUCAAUUCAAGCCGCCAGAUUCAACCUUUACAGAAAUAAACCACUAACCUAAACGCUUCUGUGAACUGUUGUAAACAAAUCCAUAGGAGGCGUGAUGGCCAAACUGUUUUACUUACAUCAAAGGAUACAUAUGUUAGACAGAUAAUUUGUUUAAGUUCUUGAACUUCAGCCAUAGACCCAAUACUAUACUUAACCCAAUUGCAACCCUAGACUAACCCUUACCUAAUACCUUUGACAAGAUAAACAAUCAUUGAGUAAAGUGCAGUGUGUAUGUGCAAUAUGUCUUUCCUUUAGAAAAGUGAAUGUGUAGUCUUAUUGGAUUCAAUUUUAAAACCAUCUUUUUUAUUAUAAAAGAUAUAAACUAUUUGAUGACACCCUGUACACAGUUUUUGUUCAGUAUUGGCCAGUUGGCCAAUUUUAGUCACUUUCAAUUUUUGAAUAACUUUUAUCACUUUCUAAGUAUAUGACACUAAAAACAAGUGUAUAAUUAUGAGAAAUUGAAGUUCUACUGUACAAGUAUGUUUAUAGGAGUGAACUGGUAUUUAGGAGAUUUAAAGAAGAUUUGCAGAAAAUGGGUUGAUUUCACUUUGAGCAGAAAUCAAGUUGAUUACUGUUGUGGAUAAAGCAGCUUUAAUUUUUAAAAUGAUAUGACAAUUAUGAAAAUCAUUGUUUUAUAGGGUUAAUUCACCUAAAUGUUAGGUUUCUAAAUCUUCUCAAACAUUUUUUGAUCAGUGCCAUUGUGUUUGCUACCCUCUUGAGGCAUACCUGCCAACCUUUGAAGACUAAAAAUAGUAAUCAUUUUUUACGAGGACUGUGACGGAGCGGG